AUGACGAACAACUUAAAAAGAUACAAUUUUUAUCAAAAUAAAAUAUGGUAUGAAAAAGCAAAUGUAUUAAUUUUAAUUUUUUUUUAAUUGAAUAAGGAACUUUAUAAAUAAAACCUAGAAUUAAAGAACUAACUGUUAAACGAAAAAAGAAAAUCUAAUAAAGAAGAAUCAAAGAAAUAAGAAAAUUAAUUGGUGGAUAAAUUUAAUAGUUACAUAAAAUAGCUAGAAUAAAUAAUCAAGUUAGCUUAAAUUUAAGGUUCUUUUUCUUAGAACGACACAAGCAAAUUUUGUGAAACUUUAGAAAGUUUAUCUGAAAUGUUUUAGAAUCAUUGUCAGUCUGAAAUCAUACUGAAUAUAUUUAAGAAAGAUCUUACUCAAAAGUAGAGGCAGAAUAAUAUAAUUGCUUAAUAAUAAACUAAAAUAAGUUAAUCCUAUGAAUAAUUAGAGGAAGAUUAUUAAAAGCUAAAAUAAACUCUUUAUGGAGAAACAUAAAGAAGAAAAAAAAUAGAAAAUGAAAUGAAAAUAUUAAAAGAAUAGAAUGAUAUUUUAAAUGAAAAAUCAAGCAAAUUAGAAAAAAAAGUAGAAAUUCUUUCUUUGAAAAAUUUAUCACAAUCAAAAGAUUAAGUUUUAAGACUGCAAGCAGAUAUCGUCAAAGAAAAUGAACAGUUACAAAAUAGCUUGUAAGAAACAAAAAUAGAACUUGCUCGUUUUAAAGAUAUGAAUCAAAAGUUGCUUUAAAAAAUAGAUAUACUUUACAAAAAGAUAGAGUUUAUUAAAAUGAAUAAAACAGGCUAGUAAUCCAAAUUUGUUAGAAAAGAGACGCUGCUUAAUAGUGAAGAAAAAAUUUCCAGAGUUUUAUAAGAAAAUAAAAUCCCAGAAUCAUCAAGCUUUAGAUAUACUACCAGUGGAAAUCCAAAAUUUACAAGUAUUCUUAAUGAAAUCAUCUAUAGCUAACCUGAAUUCGUCUAGUUUAUUCAAGAUUUGGAUGAAUUUAAGAAAGAUAUAUUCAUAAAUCUUGGGAAAUAAUUCCUGACAGACAUGAAAUUUGUUAAUUAAAUUAACAGUAUUCUUAGCAAAUGGGUUCAGAUUAAUCAAGGUAUUGAAAUACAAGAGUUUCAACUUUCUAUUUCACAGGAAUUCAAAGAAAUUUUUAUGGCUGAAAAUGUUCAUAUGUGGCUUUACAAUUAAAAUUUAGAUGAGUUUAUGACUUUAAAUUACAACAAAGAAGAAAUCAGACUAAUAGCUAGAGAUCAAAAUUCUGUGUUCAAUUAAUGCAUAUAAUAAAAGAAAAACAUUAUAAAGAUGAGUAAAAAAGACUGUGAAAGAAAGGAAUAAAAUAACACUUUAUUUUUAGGAGAGAUUUUCACUAAAGAUCCUGAAAAGAUGAUAAAAUAUUCCACUAACUAAGUAAUCUUAUGCCCUUUAAUUAUUGGUUAAAACGAAGUUUUUGGAGUUUUAGAAAUUAGUAAUAUCUACUCAGAUAAUUUUGAUAUAGAUUUAUAAAUCUGUGCUAUUAUCUUUUCUUAAUUGAUUCAAUCUAAAAUGAUAUCGCUGGGAAAAUACAUGAUUAAAAACAACUAUUAUAGAUUCAAAGAUUUUUACAGUGAUUUAUACAAAUAACUUCUAAAAUGCAGAGAUGAGUAUUCUUUUCAGACAUUUUUAUCAAGUUAUGUAACAGAAAGACUAAGCAUUGACAAAUUCAAAAUAUUUUUUAUUUCACAGUCAAACCCUUAAUAAUUCUAUGGAUUUGAUAGCUUUGGAAACAAAUAAGUAUUCUAAUUGCAAAACACAACUUUAUAAGAAAUAGUAGAAAAUAAAAAGUGCAAAAUUAUCUUUAACCCUUAUAAUCACUAAUAUUUCAAUAAUCAAAUAGAUUUAGAGACAUAAUUCCCAGUACUCUACAUACCUAUGCUCUUAAAAGAAUAAUCAGUUGAAAAAAUAUGCGGAGUCCUCCAAUUUAUUGUCAGAUAAAACUAUUAAUAGAAAAUGGAAAAUUUUUCUUAAAUUUUUUGUCUUGAUUCUCAACAUAUUUACGAUUCAGAUACAAUUGAUUAAGAGAGAGCUUAUUUAGCAUAAAUAAUUUCUGAGGCAUAUUAAAAUGUUUACUUUUUAAUGUAACAAUACAAUAAACAAAACGAAAAUGCUAACAUAUAGUGAAACUUAAAUAUUUAUUAAUUCAUAUUCAUUCAAUAAACAAAAAAUAAGAAUAAAACACUUAGUGUAUAUCAUUCAUUUACUACUUCAAAACUGUUUUGCUAUUCUACUUAUUUUUUAUCUUUUUGUUACUAUUUAUGAUCAUGUUCAUGUUCAAUAUUUUCUAGUGACUUUUAGCUUUCAUUCUUUACAUCAUUAUUAGAGAUAUUUUUGUUCUUAGAAUUUUCGUGAACUGUUUAAAUUUCAUUUUAACUUUUUUAAAUCGAAUGAGCUUCAUUUUUCUUAUUUUCUUCUUCGUAUUUUAUAUUAGCCUCUAUUUCAUUAUGAGAUUGCUUCUAAAUCUUAUCCAGUUCAUUUUAAGAUUUUUUUUAGUUGUUAUUCAUAUUGUUAUCUAAUUCUAAUUAAGAUUAAGAUAUAUCAUUGUGUGAUACUUUGUUAUGAGAUUUUUAUUUUUACUCUGUUGGUUGAUGAUCGUUAUCAAUUUCAUUUAAAGAUUAAUGGCUAUGCUAACUUUAUUUUAUUUAACUAACUGAUUUUUGUUUAUCUUUAUCUUACUUCUCUUCUAUAAUAGAUUUCGAGUGUGGUUAUAAAUAAUGAUCGUUUAUUUAAGCUUGAGACUGCUAGUUAAUUUAGUUUUAAGACUUCUCAUUAAUUUUAUUUUAAGUGUUGUUAUCAUUAUGAGACUUCUAAUUGAUUUAAUUUUGAGAUUUCAUGUUAUUAGAUUUCUCAUGGAUUUAAUUUUGAGAUUUUUAAUCUUCAUUAAGAUGUAAAUCACUUUUUAUUUCCUACAGAGAAUAAUUAUGACCUGAAAUGUUUUAAGUAUUUUUAUUAUGGUUUUGCUAGUCAUUUAAAUUUGUAUCAUCCUCUUUUUAAAGCUAUUAAUGGGAUCCUAAAUUAUGCUAAGUUUGGUUAAUUUCAUGAUGAGAUUUUGAGUUAUGAGAAAUAUCUAAAUUACUUUCAAGCUACUUGUUUGAUUUUUUAUUAUCUUUGUUAUUUAUAUCCUCAUUAUGGUUGUUAUCUUUUUAAUUGUCAAAAACUUCACUCUUUAAAUGAUUACUAGAUUUUUGAUUUUUCUUACUUCGAGUAUUUUCAUUUUAAGAUUAUUAGUUAUCAUGAUUUAAGUUAUUCUCAGUUUUUAUUUCUUUAUGAGAUUUUUCCAGCUAAUCAAUGUCAUUUAACUAAUUAUAAGAUUUUUCAUCUAAUUUAAUUUACUAUUCAGUUUUUAUUUCAUUUUAUGAUUUCUAAUUAUUCUAGCUCUUAUCACUAUUUUACAAGUCUUUUUUUUAUGUAUCUUACAAAUGAGAGUGCUAGAUAACAUCUAAUUCAUUAUGUGAUUUUUAAUUUUUUUCCUCAGUUUUUAAUUAUUUAUGCUAUUCAUGAUUUAUUUAAUUUUCUUUCAUUUCAUCUUUAAUUUUUAAUUCUUGUUAUUGGUGAUGAUUUUCAGCUUAUUUAGUUUUAUGAUGGUCUUCUUAAGAUUUAUUUUCAUGUAUUUGCUCAAUUUCCUCAUGAUUUUCCAACUUUUAGCUAUGUUUUUAAUUCUCUUUUUAUAUCUAUUUAUUGCCUUAAUCUUAAGUUUCUUCCUACUUAAUGUGAUCCGCUUUUAUCGUUUCCUCCUUUUAUGCUUUUUAAUUAUUCUCUUAUAAGUUUUUACCUAAAUAUUUAGUUUCGUUUUCGAUUUCAUUCAUAUCUUAUUCUAUUUCAGAAUCAUUGAAGAAAUUUGAUUUGUUCUACUAGUUUUUAUUUGGUUGUUGUUUCUUUUGGUGAUUUUGCAUUAUUUAACUUUCUACAACAUUUUAUGUUUAAGUUUAUGAAUACUCCAAAUCAUCAUCUUCUUAGGCGUUUUAUUACUUUUUAUAAUUCUAUGAACUUAUUAAUUUGCUCUCAUUAUUUUGAUCAUAUUCGAUUUCUUCAUCUAAUUGUUUCUUUUCUUCUAAUUAAGACUUUUUUUAAGGUUUCAUAUUAUCAUCUUCUUCAUCAAAUUCCUCAUUAUAUUCUAUUUAUUCAUCUUAAAUUUCUUCUUUUUAAGCUUUAUCCAGUUCUUUCUAAUUUUAUGCUUGAUUUUAAACUGUUUUUUCUUCUACUAAUUCUUGAUCAAACUCAUCAAGAUUAUAAUCUUCUUAUUAAAUAUCUUAUUAGCUUUUUUACUUGUUGUUACCAUUUGUAAUAGAUUACUAUUAAUUUUAGCUUUCUUACUUUUUAUUAUUUUAAAUCAAUUAUUCUUAUUAUGAAAUCUACUUAGACUUAUUAUUUUAUUAUGUGACCAUAUUUUGAUUUUUUGGCUAUUAAAUUUGUUAUUUUUUAUCAUUUUGAUUUAGCUUUGAGUCUACUUUUAGUUAUUUCUAAUCGCUUGCUUUCUAAGAAUUUUACUACUGCUGAGCUUACGUUUAUUUUUUUGGAAUUAAAUCUUAUUAUUUUUUGUCUUUGAUAUUCUCAUUUAAAAUUUUAUUUUGCUGUUAAUUAUUUUGCUUUGGUUUGUUGUUGUUGUUUUAUUCAGAAAUUUUAGUAUUAAAUUAUUGAUUAGACUAUGUUUAUUUUGCAUUAUUUUUAUUGAUUUGUGUUUCUUUUUGUGGUUAUUACUAUUAUUGUUAUAACUUUGAAUUUACUUGGUUAGAUUAAGUUUUUUUAUUAUUAGCUUGCUCCUAUUUUUAUGAUUUAUGAUCUUGAUUACUCUAUUGUGCUUUUGAAUUGCUUUAAACUUUAAUUUAUUAUUACUUCUCAGAAAUAAUUUACUUAUCAUUAUUUUACUAACCUUAAUCUUUGACUUCCUCUUCUUCAAAAGAUAAAUCAUAAUUUUCUUCUUCUUGUUUCUAAUCUUAUUUUUCAUUUUUAUUUUCUUACUAAAGUUUUUAUUAGUCCUACUUUUAAGGCACCUUUUAAUCUUCAUCACUAACUUCAAACUCUUCAUUAUUUACUUCAACAUUAUUAGACUUUUAUUUGUCUUCGUUAAUUACUUUUUUAUUAGCAUCUUAACCUUCGUCAAAUUCUUCAUCAAAACUAUAGUUUUCUUCUUAUACUUCUUCUUGAUCAUUUUUAUUUACAUAAUCAUUUCUUGCAUCUUAAGCUUUCUAGUUUAUAUUUGAAUUAUUUUUACUGUUUUAAUUUGUAUUUAUGAUUAUGUUUUGAGAUGAUUUAGAAUUUUUUUUAUUUUUUUAUUCUUGGAACGAAAGUUGAUUACCAACUAAACCUUUUUGUUUUUCUUUCUAUUUAUAUUUCAUUUCUUAUUAACCAUCUUUUUAAUUUGCAUCCUAAAAGUUUUUCUUGGGUUGUAAGUAUUUAGGAAGUGACACAGACUUUUAAAUCUAUUAGCCUUCUUAUUCUUCAUACUUUUAUGGGUAGUUUAUUCUAUUUUUUAUAGCUAAUUCAUUUCUUUUUUGGUUUCUUUUAUCUGCAUUUUCAGCAGAAAUCUCUAGAGGUUUUCUCUUUCUUAAAAUGAUGAUCUUAUUUUCUUUUUCAUCAAUUCUUAUUUUUUGUACAAGAAGUUCAAUGUCUUCACUAAAUUCGUUCUUAAUUAAAUCAAUUCCUUUUUAUAAAUAGUAAUUAAUAAAAAAUUUAGUUAUAAAGUAAGCUACUAACCUUUGCUUAUAGGCAUUUCAUAAUGGAACUUCUUUUUAUUAAUAUCUUCUGCAUCAAUCAUGAAUUUCCUUUAAAUAGAAAAAAAUAUAUUAAUUUUUUUUGUUUUAAACAGCAGUUAGUUAGUUAC